AUGGAUGGUUUGAAAGAUGUGCAUGGUGGAACGAAGCCAAACCAAUCCUAUCCGUACCUAAUGUUACGUGCUUCGGCUGCGGAACGCAAUUCUGCUGCUAUAGCUAAUGUUCUUUCAAUGUAUCUUCGAGAUAUAGAUAGAGAUACGAAGCUACUGGAAAUUUCUUCGGGUACUGGACAACACAUCAUAAAUUUCGCCGAGAAGUUCCCUUCUGUUACGUUUCAACCGUCCGAAAUCGACGCUAGAUCUCUUCAUAGUAUCGUCGCCUACAUUGAUCAUUACAGGCUUGCUAAUGUUCGAGUGCCGUUGUUCAUCGAUGUCACGAAACCGGUGAACCAGUGGGCUCUUCCAGCCGACUAUGGUCCAUUAGCAGUAGACGCUUCUAGUAUACUAUUAAGACGUGGUACAGGACUUCUUAUUACAUAUGGACCAUAUGCAAUUGAUGGAGUUAUUUCACCUCAAAGUAAUGUCGAAUUUGAUGACAGUCUACGCAGUCGAAACCCUGAGUGGGGCUUAAGAGAUGUCCGAGAUCUGAAUGAGUUGGCUAUGCGCUGUGGUAUGCGAUUGGUGGCUCGACACGACAUGCCUGCGAAUAAUCACAUGUUGAUAUUCAGCCGAGAUUGA